CGCUCGUAUUUUUCAAACUUCAGUAUUUUUAGUUCUAUACAGCCAUAAAAAUUCAACCAUCCUUUACAUUUGCUUCAAUUUUACUCAUUGGUUUAUCAGUGAAUCCACCUUUAUUCAACUUCUUUAUUUGAGUUAUUUUAGAUUCGUUAUUGAAUUAAAAGUCUAUUGAAAAUGCGUGAAAUUGUCCAUAUUCAAGUUGGCCAAUGUGGUAACCAAAUUGGAUCCAAAUUUUGGGAAGUCAUCUCUGAAGAACAUGGAAUUGACCCUACUGGAAGUUAUCAUGGUGACGCUCCUAAUCAAUUAGAAAGAAUCUCCGUUUAUUACAAUGAAGCAGAUAAAUAUAAAUAUGUACCACGAGCCAUUCUCGUUGAUUUGGAACCUGGUACCAUGGAAAGUGUUCGCAGUGGUCCUUUCGGUCAACUCUUUAGACCUGAUAAUUUUGUUUUUGGUCAAUCUGGUGCCGGUAACAAUUGGGCUAAGGGUCAUUAUACAGAAGGUGCCGAAUUGGUUGACUCAGUAAUUGAUGUUGUUCGUAAAGAGUCUGAAUCCUGUGAUUCCUUACAAGGCUUUCAGCUAACCCACUCAUUAGGUGGGGGAACUGGUUCUGGUAUGGGUACUCUGUUGAUCUCUAAAAUUCGGGAAGAAUAUCCUGAUCGUAUUAUGGCUACUUACUCAGUUGUUCCCUCACCAAAAGUGAGUGAAACCGUUGUCGAGCCCUACAACGCGACUCUUUCUGUCCACCAACUGGUUGAAAACACUGAUGAAACUUUUUGUAUUGACAAUGAAGCACUCUACGAUAUUUGUUUCCGUACUCUUAAAUUAACUACACCAAACUAUGGAGACUUAAAUCAUCUUGUUUCAUUAACCAUGUCUGGAGUCACUACGUGUUUACGAUUCCCUGGACAGUUGAACGCUGAUUUACGUAAAUUGGCCGUAAACAUGGUACCAUUCCCUCGACUUCACUUCUUCAUGCCUGGCUUUGCUCCUUUAACAAGUCGUGCGCUAACACAAUACCGAGCUCUAUCUGUUGCUGAGCUUACCCAACAAAUGUUUGAUUCUAAAAACAUGAUGGCUGCUUGUGACCCAAGACACGGUCGUUACUUAACUGUUGCUGCUAUUUUCCGUGGUAGAAUGUCAAUGAAGGAAGUUGACGAACAGAUGCUUAAUGUUCAAAACAAGAAUUCAUCAUAUUUCGUAGAAUGGAUUCCAAACAAUGUCAAAACCGCAGUCUGUGACAUCCCUCCAAAAGGUCUCAGAAUGUCUGCUACAUUCGUCGGUAACUCAACCGCUAUCCAAGAGCUUUUCAAGAGAAUCUCCGAGCAAUUCACUGCUAUGUUUAGACGAAAAGCUUUCUUGCAUUGGUAUACUGGUGAAGGUAUGGAUGAAUUAGAAUUCACUGAAGCUGAAUCAAACAUGAACGAUUUGAUCUCUGAAUAUCAGCAAUACCAGGAAGCUACUGCUGACGAAGAAGAAGAAUUCGAAGAAGAAGAGCAACUAGAGCAAGCUUAAAACUCUCAUAAGGAAUGAUCACAAUUACCAUUUUAAGUCGACGACACAAGUAGUUUUGUUACCCAAAAAUGACCAUCGUUACAUUUUGAGAAGUGCAGCGAGAUAUCAGAGAACGGAAAUAUCAUAGAAUAGAUUAUUUUAUCAAGAUUAUCUUUUUCUUGGUAACUCUUCCACUAUUAAUUUAUUUUUCCUCAUGAAUAAAUAAAUUACCACAAAGAAAUUUUGAUGAAAUGUUUCUAUUUUAUUGUUAACUAUUUGAACUACACCUCUAUGGAGCGUCUAAAAACUAUGCCCAUUUUUUGAUAUCUUACUGAUGUAAAACUUAAAUGUCACAAAAAUGUAGUUUUUUUUAAUUUUCUUCCGAUUGCAUGUAAUAUUUUGAAAAUUCAUCUUUUAAUCGAGAUUUCAUUCAAAAAAUAAAAUCCCUUGUGUCACUUCAAA